AUUGCAGGUCGCGUGGGAGGGAGCCCCGUCCGCCCGCAUUACCCUACGCCCCUACACGCCGCCUGGUUCCCAGAGCACUCCCGCGGUAUGGGCGUGGCUCACACGCCCUCCACGUCGUGGGUGCCACCCAUAACUUCCCGCCCACCCCCGGCGGCGCCCCUGCAUCACACCCACCUCUUCACCUUCCCGCCCACGCCACCCAAGGACGCUACACCCGACACUGUGGGACUGACGGCCGCCGCCCACGACUACAGCAACGUGGCCACGCCCACGGGCCUCCACCACGCCCACCAGCCGGGCCUGGAGAUGUCCAUGGCAGAACUCAAGUCCCCGCCCGCCCUCCUAUCCGUCAUGGGCGGCUCCAAACGCGAAGGUAGCAACGAUUACGCCCUGUCCGACCCUCUCCACACCCACCAUCAGUCCCUCCUCCACCCCCACAACCCCCCACCGCCGCCCACAGAGGCUCUCCAUCCUGACUCCUACGCCGCCUACGAUGCCUACCUUCCUGCCCAUGAGGAUGCCUACUACCCCACCCCCCCGGAACCCCCACCUCCUGGACGCGUCCCCUCCAACUGCGUCUCCAAAAGCAAAGCCAAAGCCAAGGCCAGCGCCGAGGGCCGCGAGUGCGUCAACUGCGGAGCCACGUCGACGCCGCUGUGGCGACGCGACGGCAACGGUCACUACUUGUGCAACGCCUGCGGUCUCUACUACAAGAUGAACGGCCAGAACCGUCCCCUCAUCAAGCCUAAACAACGUAUGUCGGCCCAGCGGAGGGCAGGCACCAGCUGCGCCAACUGUAAGACCACAACCACUACUCUCUGGAGACGGAACCAGAACGGUGAACCCGUCUGCAACGCCUGCGGCCUCUACUACAAACUUCAUAGCGUGAACCGGCCGCUCACCAUGAAGAAGGAAGGUAUCCAGACCCGGAACCGCAAGCUGAGCCAGAAGUCCAAGAAGAAGAAGGGGAUGCUUGGCUUCCCGGACAUGUUGAAGCCGCUGGACAAGGGCGGCUUCGGUGGCUUCGGGACUGGAGGCUCCGGGUUCGGCUCCAUGUCUCACUACAUGUACGGCGGCCAGAUGCACGGCUCCUCCAUGGCGGGCGGCUUCAUGUCAGGGCCGCCCGUGCACGGCAUGUCGGCCAUGUCGGGCGUGGGUCUCGGCUUCUCCUCCACCUCACAGAUCCAGAUCCCCUCCAACCUCAGCCUUCAGCCUCCAGUGAAUGGAUGGCGAACUGAUUACACAUGACCUAAUCUACAGUCGGUGGCCUGAUGGCACGAGGAGGAGAUUCAAUAAUGGGUCACAGGAAGGCGCUGUGUGUCACAUUUCACCUACAACUGGAAUCUGAUUUCAUCCUGAAAAAAAUAAUUGAGAGGUCGAAAGAAAUGUCCAUUACUGCCGAGAAAGCUAUACCGAGGAUGAGUCAAGCUGAAGAGGAAGUCAGUAGGCCAAGCAACGGGACGAGUGGCUACAAAACGCGUGUCCGAACACGCUCGCACACACGCACACAAUCCUCUGGUGAUCAUUCUAUACAAAUAUUUUUGCACCAAUACCGGCCAAGUUUAAAGGAUGUUUUCAACGUCCAUCUCACUGUUAAUGCCAAAGCCAAUCUUUUUAGUCUAGGGAGGAGAGCACACAGAGAUCUUUUUAACUAUAUACAGUAUAUUCGUAAAGAAAUGGAAUAGUUAUUUGUUAAGCGGAUCCGUUUGAAAUGAGCCAAUUGUUAAGAGUGAUUAUAUCUAAAGCGAUAUUCAGAGAACAUAGUGAUUUCACGAAAAUGCAAAUUCAUAUAAUUUUAUUGAUUUAAAUUAGAGAAACAUACAAUGUUAGGUAUUUACAGUGAAAAUAUAUAAUUAGAUCGAGAAUAAUAAUAUUGCAAUUUUGGCAGGAAUUUGUAAUGUGUGUGCUAAGAUACUGUAAGAUAAUCUAAUCCUUUACUCGCGAUCUUGAAAAUAAAAAGUGUAGUAGUUUGUAGAAAUUAAGUCACAGUAAAUAUCUCAACAUUACAGUGAACCAGAGAACAUGAGCUGUGGUUUACUGAAACGUGUUUAAAGUUAUAAAAUACGAAGACGUUUACUUUCUUAGACAAAGUCUUGUUUUUAAAAAGGAAAAAUAUAAAUUUGCUAUUUUUGCAAGCAUCUGAUAGUUAACAAAAUAUUACCGUACUUAUUACCUCCUAAGAAUUUGUUUUGGAAAACAUUACAGUGCAUUAUAUAUAUUUGUAUGCAGGUGAUAAAUUCAGUUUAAUCUUGUGUGUUAUGCUGUCCUUAUAUAGGAAUAUUUUUCACUCUUCACUUCAGACUGAAUUGAAUUCUUCGCAUCUAAAUGUUGCCAGGUUUGGCGUGCUCUACGUCAGUCUAAUUCUUAGUUUUAAUAA